AUGGAGUUCUUCCGGCAGGGCCAUGUCAAGCCUGUGCGCAUUGUGCAGGUGACCAGCGCCUCCGCGAUCCAAGAUGCGUUCCGGUACAUGCAGCAGGGUAAGCAUAUCGGCAAGAUUAUCCUGCAGGUGCGCGAUGACACCGGCGGGCUCGAUCUGGGAGAGAUCGACAAGACCAAAAAGGGUGGUGCUCAGCUCGACGGGGAAGCAUCCUACCUGCUUGUCGGUGGCCUGGGUGGUCUGGGCCGUGCGAUGUCACUGUGGAUGAUCGAGCAAGGUGCCAGGAACCUGACCUUCCUAUCCCGCAGCGCCGGCAAAGCCCAGCGUGACCACGACUUCGUCAAGGAAGUCGAGAGCCUGGGAUGCACUGCCCAGCUGGUCCAGGGAGACGUUACGAACCUGGACGACGUCGUGCGCGCAGUCGAGGGCGCCGUGGCUCCUCUGAAGGGAAUUACCCAGAUGUCCAUGGUCCUACGCGACCAGAUGUUCGACGGGAUGAACAUCGAGGACUGGCAUGUUGUCCAUCGCCCCAAGGUCCAGGGAACCUGGAAUCUGCACGAGGCGACUCUCUCUCGCAACAUCCAGCUCGACCAGUUCAUCCUCUUCAGCUCGCCGUCUGGAAUCAUCGGCAAAACCGGCCAGGCAAACUAUGCCAGCGCCAAUACUUUCCUUGAUUCCUUCGCGCAGUACCGGAAGAGCCAGGGCCUUGCCUGCACGGCCAUCGAUCUCGGAGCUAUGGACGGCGUUGGCUAUCUAUCCGAAAACCAGGAUCUUCUCCGGAAGAUGCAAGAUACCGGCUGGCGCGUUGUGCAGGAGGCCGAGCUCCAUGAAGGUCUGGAAGUUGCCAUGACGACCCCCGCUCGCGACAGCUUCCUCCUCGGUAUCUCCCGAAGUGUGCCACUCAGCAGCCCGGACAGCAAUGGCUGGUUGCGCCGCGACGCACGCAUGGCGGUAUACCACACUGUCGGCAGCGGAGCCAGCAAGGCAAGCUCUGCGAACGACGGGCUGCGCUCAUUCCUCAAGUCCGUCAAGAACGACCCGAACGUUCUCAAGUCCACCGAGAGCGUGAACUUCCUUGCGGUAGAGAUCGGGCGGAAGCUGUUCAGCUUGCUGCUGAAGCCGGAGGAUGGGGAGAUAGGCAUCAAGAUGAACACGGCUGACCUUGGUCUAGAUUCUCUGAUUGCUAUGGAGCUGCGGAGCUGGUGGAAGCUGAACUUUGGCUUUGAUAUCACGGUGUUGGAGAUGCUGAGUAUCGGGAAUUUGGAGGCUCUGGGAAAGUUUGCGGCCGAGAAGCUGCUGCAGCUGCAUGAUCUUUAG